AUGGCGGCGUCGGCGGCAAAAUACUAUAAAGGACAAUCUGUGGGCCUUUUUAAGGGCCAGAAGCUAAUAGAAAUGGUGCAACAAUUCCAAAGUCAAGUUGAAAUCAAAACCCUGCAAACUACUUCGCCUUCAUCUCGGUACAGUGUCCAUUUACCUGCUCUCAACCCAGAGAGACUAAAAACAGCCAAGGCCAUUGUGGACAAAACUGUUAAGUUGCAUAAGGUAUUCUCCGUUCAGGGUCCCUACCCAGCCAUUAGGGCCUCCCUGAGGGCAAGAGGCUGGGUAGAAAAGCGCAUGUGUCGCUCUGGCCACCCUGUGUACAAGCGGCAUGUCAAAGAGGCCUGCUGUAAUGAUGCUGGUGACAUCAAAGUUGAAUAUGAUGACAAAAACCACGACCAGGAUCCGAAUGGACUGUAUGAACUUAUGUCUCGCCUGCUGCGGAAUGAAAUGGUUUAUUUCUACUGGACAAACAGAAGAGAUGCCAUAAACACCAAUAUUUUGCAAAAAGAACAGAUGAUUAAUCAUUUUGCCAAAGCAGGCAGCUUCACCACCAAGGUGGGCUUGUGUAUGAAUCUAAGAAGUCUGCACUGGUUUGACUCAGCAGACCCGGACACAUUCUUUCCUCGCUGUUACAGGCUAGGAGCACGGGAUGAGAAGCAUGCUUUCAUUGAAGACUACAGGAGAACAGCCUGCACAAGUUUUUUGAAGUACAUUGUGGAGAAAGCACAGAAUGUUGAAGAAGAAGGAAAAAAUGAGCACAUUCAAGCGUGUGAACCUGUGAUUGUUUCCAAACUGAUCAGCAGAGCUCUCAAAGUGUGCCAGGAUUUUCUCGAGAGUUUGGAGCACGCAGACAUUGAUGCUAGUUUGGAAACAACUUCAUCCCUUGUAAAGGAAGAGUGGGGGGAAUUCAUUGACAACUACUAUUUGUUUGUUCAUGACAGAGCACAAAUGGAAAUCAGUAAUUCAUUAGUAACCUGCUGUAAGGCCAUGCUGCAGAGGCUGGCUGAGGUCAGUCCACAGCUGGAGACAGAUGGCAUACACAACAUAUGGAUCAUCAAGCCUGGAGCCAAGUCCAGAGGCAGAGGUAUUAAAUGUGCCAAACGUUUAGAUCAGAUCCUCAGGCUUGUGGACAGGGAUCCAGCUUUGAUCAAGGAAAGCAAGUGGGUGGUGCAGAAGUACCUGGAGCGCCCCUUCUUGGUGGAAGGAACCAAGUUUGAUGUGCGCCAGUGGUUUCUGGUCACCGACUGGAACCCUCUCACCGUGUGGUUUUAUAAAAAGUGCUACUUACGUUUCUCUACACAACCUUACUCAUUGGACAUACUAGACAACUCUGUACAUUUGUGCAAUAAUUCCAUCCAGAAGCAUCUGAGGCCUUCCCAUCAACGCCAUCCCGUCAUUCCGGAAGACAAUAUGUGGUCUGAUGACCAGUUUAUGACCUUUCUGUCCAGUCGAGGUCAAAAGGAACAAUGGGAAAAUGUGGUUGUGCCUGGGAUGAAGAAGGCUGUUAUACAUGCAUUGCAGACUGCACAAGAUCUUGUGGAUUCACGGAAAAACACUUUUGAGCUUUAUGGGGCCGACUUCAUGUUAGGCCCUGAUUUACAUCCAUGGCUGAUUGAAAUUAAUGCUAGUCCCACCAUGGCCCCCUCUACGCCCGUUACAGCUCGUCUUUGUGCAGCUGUGCAAGAGGACAUGCUGCGUGUCGUCCUAGACCGCAAAGCAGACCGAUCAGCAGACACAGGGGAUUUUGAGCUUAUAUAUCAACAGGCAACAGUAGAUGUCCCGCAAUAUGUGGGAGUCAAACUAUUUAUUGAGGGAUUAAGACUCAAAGACACCUGUCUGCUUCCGCCCUUGAGGCCACUGAAUCGCUCAGCCUCAAAGUAUCGUGGCACCAAAAAGGAGAUGGCUCAAGAAAAAGUAAAACCUCUGCCAAAAGUGGUCAAGAGUGCCAUUUCACCCAUCAAAAACAUCUCAGAAAAAGUUCCUACUCAGCCAUCAAGAGCAGCUGUGGCUCACCUGGUGGAGUGUGUCAUCUAG